GAAUUUUCUAACUUCUCUGAGUUUUCUCCUUUUAACUUUGUUCAGUUUGUUAGAUUGAUUGAUUUAAUUUCGAGUAGCCAAGCCCGUAAACGGGGCUCUCACAUAUCCUUAUCCGUUGAAGAACAUCGAAUAUGCUAGGCUAGUUAAGUCACCACAACUCGUUAAACACCAGUAAUACAUGCGCUAGAGAAGCAACACGCUGGAGAAUGCUUGGCAAGUUUAAUCCCCUGACGAAAUCACACUAUCUCCUGAAUCUGGGCAGGCUAAUCCAAACAGCUGCCCAACCAUUUUGCCUUCGUUCAGCCAGUGGGCAGAGGAGAUUUUGCGGAGAUGCUGUUGUCUACGCGCCAUCGACGGCAACGGCUACGGCAAACGCCAGCAGCGCUGCGUCCGUGGCCAACCAGACUGCUGCCAGCAACAUGCUCUGCGAUCAGCUCAUCGCCUCCGUUCGCGCCUCCAUCGUGCCAGGCUCGCGCGUGUCCUGCGGUGUGUGCCGUGUGCCGGCCGCGGCGUUGACGCUGUAUUACGGGAAAGACCGUAUUGCCAGACGGAUUUCAAUGCAGCGCGCCACUCCCGAUGAGCUGGAACUGCUGGCCGGCGCCUGUGAUCCCGCUGAGGAUGUGCUGGACGCGUCCUGCCACACAGCGGGCCAGCUGGAUGUGGACGCUUUCGCCAGCAAACUGGACGUGGAGCAGGCGGGGCUGCUGCGCUGCAUCAGCAUAGACCUGCUGUCGGAACAGCAGCGCAGCCAGACCAAUACCAUCACAGCGCAACUCUCCCACAUGAGGGUCUACAGGACAGGCGGCUUCUCCCAGCCUCCCCCGACUAUACCGCGCGGCGCCGACACGUUCGGCUCCCUGAUCGUCGUCUUCCCUACCCUCCACACGGGUGGCGCGUCGGUGCUGCGCUGCAGCGGCCGACAGUGGCGCUUCGACGCGGCCCAGGCGCUGGCCGCUGCGCAGCAGCCCUCCAUCGCCUUCAUGGCCUUCCGCGGCGGUGUCCAUCACCAGAUGCUCCCGGUGGAGAACGGCCACCGUGUCACCCUCACCUACAACCUCGCCCUGACGCCCGCGACCCUCCCAGACGUCGUCGGCAGCCAGACCGCGGUCGACAGCGAGACCCUGGUCCGCGACACCUUGACCCAGCUACUGGCCGAGUCCAGUUUCUUACCGAAGGGCGGUCUCCUUGGCUUCGGACUGCAGUAUCCAUAUCCGCCGGCGUACCCGCAGUGCCCCGACUACCGUGAGCGGGAGAAUAGUAUCGGAAGAAUGAUGGGUUAUCUGCAAGGCCGCGACGCCAUGGUCAAGCGGGUGUGCGAGGCGCUCUCGCUGCCCGUCCGUCUCAAGCUGUGCACCCAGGGCGAGCUGCGCCUGCGGCGCCACCCCGGUCGCCCGCGGGAGCAUUUCCCAGGGGCCGUGCUGACGGAGCGUGUCAUGCAGUUCGAUGUUCUCUACGAUUUCGACGACGAUGAGGAGCUGUUUGAUCUGAUGGCGGAGGAAGAAGGGGCGAUUGUACUGUUGCCCGAGGAGAUUGAUCCGUACGAGCUGGAUGAAGAGGAGGAAUACCUUCUCGCGGACAAACUGCGGGAACGCGUCGCGAAGAUCCAUUGGAUUACCGAGCUGACGCAGCACAACGUCACCCGGACGCCGUACGCCAUGCGGGAUCACAAGCGGGCGUCGUAUGAGUACUGCAGUGGGACCAUGUGUCUGGUGGCGGCCGUUGGCCCGGCCGGUGACCGACAGGCGGUGUUCCGGUCUCCCUCGUCAUCGUUGGACGAGGGGCCCGAUGGGUCGCAUGCCGAUGCCGAUGGACGAACCAGUCGGGACUUGUUUGCGCCCGCGUUAUCCAAUUAGGCUGCGAUCAUACUACCUGUGAAGCGAGAAGCGGCUCACGUAAAGCGACAAAGUCUUUUGAAGGAUUUCAACGUAUUGCGCCGUGGUGCAGUGGUACUGCCUACGCGGAUCUAACGACGUACUAACGACGCAUUAGCACUGCACUAGGCCCACUCGACACGCACUUUGAGUUCUGUAAGAUACAUGUCCGGAAGUUCUGUAACGUUCUGACCACACCCCUCACCGUUGAUUGGACGCUCGAGUUCAAGGUGUUCGGUAUCUGAAAGGAACUCUCCCGGCUCCGUUACGAUGCAGAACUCGCAUUUCUCACCAGAAGUGCAGGUCGAUCUCACCAAGUGUAUUAACAAAAUAUUUUCCCUUGCUACCCUUAAACCCCAACAUCUUUUCUGGUUUUCACAUUGUCUUUUUCGAACUUUCUUGGAAUCACUAACGCCUGGCUCAAGGCGAUCCGCGCUCUAGGCAAACACAUUCUUCGGAUGCUACUGUAGCGAUAGAAGUUGUACAACCAUAAGACCACCCAGUUAUGAUUCAUCAUUGCGUUAUGAAUUUUUGUCCAUUUUACCGGCUAGCUGUUCUUCUUCACAAUUUCUAGAAUUCAGUCUUGCAUUCCCUUGUUACAGCUUGAUCAGCUAGGUAAAUUCUUGCCUAAACCUUGCUCCUUGUCAUGCAUUGUUCUUGUCA